AUGGGAACUAAAUCCGAGAAAGUUUUGCAAUUAAAACUAGAACUUAAAAAAUGGGAAUAUGAAUUCAAAAAAGAUAAUAACAGGCCUCCUGGAAAAUCGGAUAUCAAGAAAUUUCCGGAAAUUGCUGAAAAAUACAAAAUUUAUCAAAAGUCAAAGCAAUCACUGUCUGAUCCAGUAAAUAGAGCUGUUAAUUCACAUAAAAGGGCUGACAAAAGUCUUUCUGAGUAUAAACGGCCACCUGCAAAAUCCCUGAAACCCGAAAAAAGGCAACCUCUUUUUGAUUAUGAAAAGAAAAAUGAAAAUCAGUCUAUUUGCGAAGUAUCGACACCUAAUAGAAAGCAAAAACCAGAAGAGUUUAUUACCCCGAUAUCAAAAUCUUCAGCUCUAGCAAGUGUUACUGAGGUUGGGCCUACCCCUCAAGUCCAUGGUCAGGUUUUGGGCCUGUUUGAUUUAAAGUCAUAUUCUCCAUGUUCCUCGUCUUUAAGGCAAACCCCAGAAUCGACGUUAAUAAAUAAAGAUAACUCUUCAUUGGAUAAUCCGAAACGCAGUUUAAAUGAUGAUGAUUGUCCAGUUAUUCCUAAUUCACCUAAAACCCCUAAUAAGGAAAAGCUUUCAAUACACUCACCAAACACCCCUUCUUCGUCGUCCUUCGAUAAUGUUGACAUCUCAAACAGCUUGAUGAUGACACCAAAAUACAUUCAUAAUUCUACUUUAUCACUUACAAGCUUUAAGCAUUUGGAAACACCAGUUGUCAAACCUACUGAAUCACCUAGUCAGCUUGAAAAUGGUAGAAACCUUUCAUUUCAAGAGACCCAAGGAAUUGUGCACGAUUGCAUAGGGCUUUCCCCAUUAGGGCCACGAAAGAUUCGACGUGGACUUUCAAAUAUUAUCGCAGAAAUGCGAAAAGACAGUGUUACCCAAACUCAGAAUCAAGUGUUAGAUUUUGAAAUGCAUGUGAAAAACCAAAAUAAUGAUUUAAAUGAAAUUGAAAAUUUUGAUCACUUAGGCGAAACAAAAGAAAAGGAUAAUGAGAUUGACACUUCUAAUUCUUCACGCCCGAUUUAUAAAAAAAGGGGUCAAAAGCGAACCACUAGACGACACGUUUUUAGGCCUGACUUUGAGUCUAUAAAUGAACCAGUUAUUGAUAUCGAUUCUACAAAAGUUUCUAAACAGCCUAUUCCUCAAAACUAUAAACGACUUAAACUUCACAACUCAGGUUUCAAAGGUCGUCCACAGUUUUUUAAAAAAAAAUAA